CGGGCAGGCAGCGGCGGCAGGCAGCGCAGGCAGCGGGGUGGGCAGCGGCCGCUGCGGCGUGGGGCCGCGCCCGGGAGGCGGCGGCGGAGCGGAGCGGAGCGGGCUGAGCCGAGCCGAGCCGAGGUCGUGAGCCGUGGCCCAGCAGAGUGCCGAGAGCAGCCCCUGGCAGCAGUAGGGUGAGCAGCGGCCAUGACGACAGAGACAGGCCCUGGCUCCGAGGUGAAGAGCGCCCAGGAGGAGGCUCCGCAGCAGCAGCUGGAGGCAGCUGGGCACGGCCCCACCGGCACCAACUCCACCGGCACCAACCCUACUGGCACCAACCCCACCGGCCGCGACGCCGAGGCCAAUGCCAAGCCUGGGGCGCAGGCUGAUGCCCGCAGCGUGGAGCCGGGCACCGAGAUGGAGGAGAAGGACUACAGUGAGACAGAUGGGCUCUCGGACAAGACCACCCCCAGCAAGACCCAGAAGUCCCCCCAGAAGAGCACCAAGAAGGUGAAGAGUGCAGUCUGCAGGGUGACCUUGCUCGACGGCUCCGACUACGAGUGCGAGGUGGAGAAGCACGCCCGGGGCCAGGUCCUCUUCGACCUGGUGUGCGAACACCUCAACCUCCUGGAGAAGGACUACUUCGGGCUCACCUUCUGCGACUCGGACAGCCAGAAGAACUGGCUGGACCCCUCCAAGGAGAUCAAGAAGCAGAUCCGCAGUGGGCCCUGGAACUUUGCCUUCACUGUGAAGUUUUACCCUCCAGACCCUGCCCAGCUCACAGAGGACAUCACAAGAUACUACCUGUGCCUGCAGCUGCGGGCAGACAUCAUCACGGGGCGCCUGCCCUGCUCCUUCGUCACCCACGCCCUGCUGGGCUCCUACGCGGUGCAGGCCGAGCUGGGCGACUACGACGGCGAGGAGCACCUGGGCAACUACGUGAGCGAGCUGCGCUUCGCGCCCAGCCAGACCCGCGAGCUGGAGGAGCGCAUCAUGGAGCUGCACAAGACCUACCGGGGAAUGACUCCUGGGGAAGCAGAGAUCCACUUCCUGGAGAAUGCCAAGAAGCUCUCCAUGUACGGGGUGGACCUGCACCAUGCCAAGGACUCGGAGGGCAUCGAUAUCAUGCUGGGCGUCUGUGCCAACGGCCUGCUCAUCUACCGGGACCGGCUGCGCAUCAACCGCUUCGCCUGGCCCAAGAUCCUCAAAAUCUCCUACAAGAGAAGCAACUUCUACAUCAAGAUCCGCCCGGGUGAGUACGAACAAUUUGAGAGCACCAUUGGCUUCAAGCUGCCCAACCACCGCUCUGCCAAGCGCCUCUGGAAGGUCUGCAUAGAGCAUCACACCUUCUUCAGGCUGGUGUCCCCGGAGCCGCCGCCCAAGGGCUUCCUGGUGAUGGGCUCCAAGUUCCGGUACAGCGGGCGGACGCAGGCGCAGACCCGCCAGGCCAGCGCCCUCAUCGACCGCCCGGCGCCCUUCUUCGAGCGCUCCUGCAGCAAGCGCUGCACCAUGUCCCGCAGCCUGGACGGAGAGUUCUCGCGCCCAGCCUCCGUCAGCGAGAACCACGACGGCGCCGCCGAGGGUGAGAGGCAGGAUGAGGAUGGUGAACCUGGCAGCAGGAGGAGGUCCGAGGCAGAGGACGAGGAGGUCACCACCCCGACAAAGAUCAAGGAGCUGAAGCCGGAGCACGAAACAACCCCCAGGCACAAGCAGGAGUUUUUAGACAAGCCAGAAGAUGUCCUGCUGAAGCACCAGGCCAGCAUCAACGAGCUGAAGCGGACCCUGAAGGAGCCCAACAGCAAGCUGGUGCACAGGGACCGCGACAGGAGGCUGCCUUCCUCACCAGCCUCUUCCUCACCCAAGCACGAGGAUGAGACGCCCAAGGGAACCCCAGAGAAGGCCACCGAGACGAUGGAAGAGGACAGCCUAGACGGUCUUUCAGCCGGGCACGGAGCCUCCCUAAGCAUGGAGUCUUUCACGCAGAAAAGCCUUGUCUCCUCUCCUGAGGGCUCGGAGCAUUGGGUAUUUAUAGAGAGAGAAACUCCUAGGCUGGAAACCAUAGCCCUGAGGAAAGUUCUGGGAGUCAAGAAGGAAGAAGCACACGCAGGGGCUGCAGAGGUGAACGUGAGUGGAAGCCUGUCGAGCGUGGAGCUGGCAGUAGGGAAAGCCAAGGAAGUGGCAGGCCAGGAGGAGCCUGCAGGGGCAGCCCUGGAUACCCGGAGGAGAGCCAAAAUGAUCGCCAGUCCAGAGGACUUUGAGUCGGUCUGGGAGGAUGAGAUCUUUGAGAAGGAAAGCAAGGGGGAGCCCAGCCAGGAGGCAGACAGCACAAAAGGGCCCCAAAAGCAGGGUGAGGAAGCAGCCACCGGUGAGCCAAGCCUGCCCAAGCCAUAUCAGCAUCCUGAAGAGAAUCAAAGAGUGAAGAUUCUGGGGCCGGAGCCUCCCCAGGCAGAGAGAGAGGAGGUCUCCAAGGAGCGUGCAUCUGCAGCCUCCAGGCAGCAGGAGGGCAGAGUGCCCCCUGCAGCCUCAGAGCUCAUUAAAGUCAAAGUGAAGGCCACUGAUGAGAGCUCAGAGACUUCUGCCACCCAGAGGAUCAUCUACCUAGGAGAUCCAGAGGGAGAGGAGAAGGACAAUAAACCACAGCUGCCCUUGGGCACUGCUGGACAGCUUGGCUUGGAGGAGAGACCAGAAGCCACUGUGAACACAACUGGGGGGGUAUCUGGGCACACAUCCCCUGCAGCAGAAAGGUUCCAGUCCCCUUCCUCAGCAAGUCAGCAACAUGGGGCAGUGUCUGGGAAGCCUGCUGAAGCACCAGGCCAGCGUGGGACAGGCUGUGGUGGGGCCAGCCUGGGGUGGGAGGAAGAGCUGCUCCUACAGCAAGAGAAAGCAUCUGCUGGGCUGGCAGGCUGCAAAGCACCCGAGGGAGGUGAAGCCCUACCACGUAGCCAAGACGUGGGGCCAGAGGAGAUGGAGCUGCAAAGCCCAGUGGGAAGCUUGAAGCUGUGCAGCCUGGCAAGGGAUGGCCAUGAGGGUGAGGAGCACAAAAGGAGCCCAGGACAGAGGGCUGGAAGGAUUGGGGCAGAUGGUGACAAUGAGGAAAGUGCCAGAGUGGUUCUUCAGAUGGAGGAGAUAGAGACCAAGUCACCUGUGCCAGCUGUGCCUCAGCUGGGUCACCCUCACACCGCCGGGGGGUUGGAGGGCUCUGCCCCUGUGCCUCUUCCCCAGCGACCCAGCCCUGUCCCUGCAGAGCCAGCCCCAGGCACUGAGCUUGAGGGCACAGACCUGGCCCAGGGCACCAGCCCUGUAAGAGGUGUGGGUGUGCCCGAGGAUGUGAGCCCCUCCGAGGUGACAGACAAGGAGGCAAGCCCUGCAGCAGGCAGAGGAGCACCCAAGGACCUGAGCCCUGGAGCACAGGUGGCGAUAGGCAGGAGCAGCAAUCCUGUGUCUGAAGAACAGCCCCAAACCGUGGGCUUCGCUGCAUGGACACCACACCAAGAUGCAAGCCCUGCUGCAGGAGGACCACCCCAGAACACAGAUGCUGCAGCAGAGCUGAUUCAGGUCAGAGACUUGGCAAUACGGGAGGUAGCCCAGGACAUGAACCUUGUCAUGGUGAGGGCAGCCCAGAGCAAAGUCCCUGACACAGGAGAGCCAUGCCAGGAGGAGAAGCCCACAAUCAGAGAGCUCUCCCAGGACACAGGGCCCACAUCAGGCAAGCUGACCGGAGAUGAAGGCUGUGGGAUGGGAGAACUAUCCCCUGACAGAAGCCCUUGCACGGAAGAGCUGCCCCUUGCUGCAGGAGACCCGGGACGGCAGAGCGGAGCCACGGACAGAGACUUGCCCCAGGAGGCAGGAGGGCUGCUCCGGGCCCCAGACCCCAAAGCACAAGAGCCAUCCUGGGCCUCGGAGCUCAACGUGGGACAAGAUCUGCAGGGCAGGAGCAGCCCCGCAGCAGGAGACCCCACAAGGGACAGUGACCCUCCUCCAGAGCCCUCAGCCUGGGCUCAGCCUGCUGCCAAAGCAGCUGCUGCUGCCCCUCACUCGCACUCUGCAGCAGGCUUGUGCGGAGGAGCCCAGGUGUACCGGCUGGCAGCCCUGACCUACCAAGGCAGGAGGCAGGAGCUGGCAGGUACAGGGACGCCCCAGAUGGAGUCUGGGUCCUCGGCAUGCGUGGCUGUGGGCACAGGAGCUGUGCCCCCGGGCAGCUGGCAGGGCAGCGAGGACUACAGCGAGACCUCAGUGGCCUCUAAGAUUAAGAUGUUCGAGCAAAGCACCGUGGAGCAGAAGGCAGCUCAGGAGGGACAGGAGCUGGCGCUGCCCGAAGCGGAGAGCUCGGCGAAGGGGCAGAGCGCUGCGGGACCAGCCAAGCUGCCGAGCGCAGGCUUCACCGCGCCGGGGGCACCUCUGCCCAGCCCGGGGGCACCUCUGCCCAGCCCGGGGGCACCUCUGCCCAGCCCGGGCUCGGCGGCGCUCGGGCAGGGGGCGGGCUCGGGAGGCCCCCGGCAGGCUCUGUGCCUGGAGGAAGCCGUUUGUGCCGAGCUGCAGCGCGGAGCAGAAGACAGCGCCGAGCUGGCCUCCCCCGACUCGGGCUGCGAGCUGACGCUGGCCGAAGCGGUGAGCAAAUCUCAGGAACCAUGUGGGGAAGAGAAGGCUUUAUCUGACCCGCCAGUAAAACCCAGCCCGAGAGAAGAGCACUCAAAGACUGCUGCCCCAGUGGUCUCCCAGAGAGCAGGCUUGAGGGAGGGCGCCGAGGAGAGAGCUAAGCCCCCUCGGCACAGGGCUGCCGAGAGCGACACCGGCGACGAGGAGCAGGAGCAGGAGAAGGACUCGGUCUUUCUGAAGGACAACCACCUGGCCAUCGAGCGCAAGUGCUCCAGCAUCACGGUCAGCUCCACCUCCAGCCUGGAGGCAGAGGUGGACUUCACGGUGAUCGGAGACUUCCACGGCACAGCCUUUGAGGACAUCUCCCGCAGCUUGCCCGAGCUGGACAAGGACAAGAGCGAAACGGAGGACGAGGGCCUGCUUCCCUUCGAGCACACUGACAAAGCAGUGCCUGAGCUGGAGGAGGAUGUCAAAGGCAGGGAGAAGGUCUCCCAGCCCAGCCCCGACGUCUCCCGGCCAGAGCCGUCAGCGCCCAGGACGGAUGCUGUGGGCGCGGAGCUGGCGCCGGGCGGGAAGAAGGCAGCGGCAGACAGCUCGGAGCCCACCCGCGGCAGCGCCGCCGACGAAGCCCAGGUGGAAGCAGGCACUCCAGGCAGCAGGAACGCCACAGCCACAGCCCCUGGCACCGCAGAGAUGGCACUGCCAACCUCAGAUCACAGUACCAAGGCUGGGAAAGGUGCCCCUGCCACAACAGACCUGCGCUCCCUCUCACCGGUCACCGGCGGCUCUGCCGGGAAGGAAAUGCUCACCAGCAUCUUCAGUGCCACCGCUGAAACCCUCUCCACUUCCACCACUACCCAUGUUACCAAGACUGUGAAAGGAGGCUUCUCCGAGACCCGGAUAGAGAAGCGCAUCAUCAUCACAGGGGAUGAAGAUGUGGACCAGGACCAGGCACUGGCUUUAGCAAUCAAGGAAGCAAAGCUGCAGCAUCCUGACAUGCUGGUAACCAAAGCUGUGGUGUACAGAGAAACAGAGCCUUCUCCAGAGGAAAGGGACAAGAAACCUCAGGAAUCUUGACCACCACGUUUGUGGGAAGUUGACAUCUGGAUUGCAACCUGGAGAGCAGUGGAGAAAGGAACCUUCCUGCUGGCUUUGUCAGCGAGACGCUUGCCGUUGCGGCCGCGACGUUCACGGAGAGAGAGAGAGAGAGACACAAAUUGUUUGGUUUGUGGUUUUGGGUUUGGGGUUUGGUUUGGUUUUUUUUUUUAAAUGAAAGGAAUAGCAAAUACAUUAUAUAUAUAUAUACAUACAUACAUUUAUAUAUAUAUAUAUAUAUAAAAAAAAACCAGGAGAAAAAAAAAUGCAUCCUUGCACUGCUGCUAUCUGCUGGAAACGAAUAGCAAACAAACACCGCCAAGACACGAAGCCGACCCUCUGCAGGAGAACGAGGCAACCAAUGCCUGGAUUGCUUGACAAAACCAGAGUUGAAAGCAUCCUCUUCCUCCUCCUCCUCAUCAUCAUCUCAGCAACCUGGUGAACAAGCUGAGGAGCCACAUUCUUGCAUGUGACCUGAGAGGAUCUCAACUCCUCCUCGGUUCCUUUGUCGCGCACCGAACGGGAAAGGCGAAACUGCUUUGCAACAAAGCAAGAGAGGAAGCAGAGUGAAAGCAAAGGCAAAGCAAACCCACAGCCAGAAGCAAAACCCUUCCCCACCUCUGGAGAGAAGAGAGCAAAGCGUCCAACGGAUCCCCUUUGGAGGUCUCUCCUGAUCCCCAAGUGUGCUUUCCCCCUCCUCAUCCCACGCAGGUUCCUUUGCUUCGUUUGGGGCCUCUCUUAACUCUUCCCCUUCCUUUCCUUCUCUUCUCCUCUGUGCACUUGUCCAAGCUCUUGUUCUCUGAAGGUGUUUGAAGGAUGGAUUUCCUUGCAGACCACACAAAGGAGCUUGUAAAUGGUUUCUCCUUUAUGACAGAGCAGCCUGCAGGGGUUUCAUAUGGAUGUGCAUUUCAGUUCUGUAUAUUAUUAUCGCUAAGGAGCGGGGGAGGGAGGGAGCAGGCCUGCAAUAACUCAACAGUGCUGGUAAAUGUGAUGAUUUAACUCUUGGGUUGACUGUGGUUGGUGCAUUUGGAGGCUCUCAGGCCACGGGAGGGACUCUCAGGCCUGCAGGAAGAGAGUGGGGAAGGUUUCAGCUGCUGUUGUCCCACGGCGGGAGGGGAGAGGGCAAGAGCUGGCCGGUGUCCCAGCAGCUGGGCUGCAGCGUAGGGUGGUUGGAUUUGGAGGGGCAGUGGUGACUUGGAGGGGCAGGGAAGGAGGUCGAGGCUGCAGGUCCAGCAGCUGUAGGCAGGAUUUGUCUCCCUGGUGCCCACCCAGAGCCAUGAGAGUCAGCUGGGAGCUGCGUCCAUCACUCCCCUCCAGCCCACUGAGCCCUGCUGGCACUUGGGGUGGCUUUGCUUUGUUUCUGGACCCCAGCAAUGGAUCCAGUUGAACUUUGAGUCAAAGGCAGAGGGGGGUUGUCACCUCCCUGCUGAGGCACUGCAGAGGCUGUGCUGCCAGCAGCACCACAGAGCAUCCCCAGCAGCCCAGGCCCCCUCCGUAAGAAGGUGUUUGCUGGGGCCAUGUCCUGGAGCUGCCUCCCCCCAGCUCAGCCUGCAGCCACAGGCAUCCUCUACAGCUGCCUUUGGAAGGGGACCAUGGGCCAAGCCCAGGGCCUCGUACACUGUGAACCAGGCGUUUAGGGUAGGCUUAGCACCAAACUGAGCAAGGACAGGAGCUCAGCAGGCUUCCUUCCUGGAAUCACCUCCAGCUCCCGAGGAAGCAGGCCCAGGAUUCUGCACCGUUUUGCCUUCAGUCUCCCAGCCCUCACACAGGCUGUGCCCAGAGGGAGGUCCUGCAGAGGCUCAGAGGGUGACAGGGCAGGGGAGCCUGUGCCACAAGGAUGUUGUGGGCAGGCUCUGCUCACCACCUGUGCUGCCCUAGGCCAGAGCCUGCCCCCUGGCAGCUGCAGUUGCCCAGUGGCUUGCUGGUAUGUCCCUGUAGAGUCUCUUCUCCUUCUGGCAGCGAGGUUUCUCCUGCAGACGUGAAAGGCAGGAGCACAGGCUGCCUGGCAGCUGGGCAGCACUGCCACCUGCUGCCAGCACUGCCAGCACCUCUGAGGCUCUCCCCAGCUUCCACCUGAACAGCUUCAGCCCCCUUUAGAGACCAGGCUGCCAACCAAGCCAAAAAGAGUUCAGGCAGUUGCAAUGAGGCCACUGCUCUCUUUUCUAUCUUCACUACCCCAGAGCAGCUGCAAGCAGCAGUGGCACUCGCAGGGAGUGUGGCAGAGGGCAGAGGUGGUGCCAGCAUCCCUCGGCGUGCUGCCCGCCGCAGGCUCCCGAGGACCCCACCUGGCUUUGCCUCCCUUAGGGCCCACCAGAGGCAGCUGUGACACGAGGUGCUCGCUUUUGCCACGCUGUGCCCAGUGACAAACCCCAGGAGGCUCCUGCCCAGCUUAGCAGCCUUACAGAGUUAGGACUUUGCUGUGCGCUUGGACUGCGGUGAGCUAACGUUUGGAGUGAGCAGGUCCUGCCCCUGGCUUCCCCCGGUGUGUUCAGGGGUGGCAGUGCUUAGAAGCUUAGGGAGGAGGGAAUAAAGGAGAGCAAAAGGCUCCCUGCUUGCUUGCCUGGCCGGGUGUGGGCUUCUGCUGCUCAGCAGCAGGGGCUCAGCCCCCCCAGCACCUCGCUUGGUUUCAGCCAGCCGCUCACUGCUUGUUUUCUUCCAGGGACCUUGCUGUGGGCAGGGGUGGGAGACAUCAGUGCCUGUUUUAACCUGACCCCAGAGAUCCAUUCCAAACCUGGCCUGCCAUUGCAUGAGUAAUAACACUCCCAGUAACCAGGAGAAGAAGGUUUCUUGUUCUUUGAGAAGCACCUUACCAACCGCCUGCGCCGCUCGGCUGUGCCCUCACUAACUUCCCUUGGGCUCUCUCUGCCCUCCCUCUCCCCUCCUCCCCUCGGUCUUACCCCCCAGUGCUCGGUGGUGUGUGCGUGUGUGCUUACUGUUCUUGUACUCAGUAGAGGUGAAAUAAAUGUGUUUGAUGCUAAA